AUUCGUUGAACAGAAUAUCAGGACUAGUUAUUUAUAUCUAAAAUAGCUAUAAGCCUUUAUAGAAUAGCUAAAUAUAAAAUUUAAAGGCCUAACAUUGCAAUAAAAAAAAUUAAAUAGUUCGCUAACAAAACUAUUUGUUGCACACUUAUUAUUGUAAUUAAAUUAAUAAUCUACUGCUGUUGUAAUUCAACUAAUAAUCUACUGCUGUUGUAAUUCAACUAAUAAUCUACUGCUGUUGUAAUUCAACUAAUAAUCUACUGCUGUUGUAAUUCAACUAAUAAUCUACUGCUGUUGAUUUCAAAUUAUAUUAGAUCGAGAAUUGGUCUAUUUUAAAUAUGCAAGUUCGGCAGGAAGCUGAAUGACCCUAGGAAGAUAAUGAAAGAAUACAGGUAUACCAGAAAAGGAAACAAAAACAACUGUGAUGCGUUCGUAGAUGUGUUUUGUUUGUUAGUAAGGCCAUCGCAUUCUCGAAACUGAGCAUAUAUAUAUAUAUACAGAAAGAGAGAUAGAUAGAUAGAUAGAUAGAUAGAUAGAUAGAUAGAUAGAUAGAUAGAUAGAUAGAUAGAUAGAUAGAUAGAUAGAUAGAUAGAUAGAUAGAUAGAUAGAUGGAUGGAUAGAUAGAUAGAUAGAUAUUCACUUAUACAUGCACAGGGCUUUUUUGUGACCGUACCGGCACCAUUUUGAAUAAAAAAAAAAUUCUUGUAUUUCAACGUAUAUCAUUACUUUUUAGUAGUUAAAAGUUAGGCAAUCAACUACUGAGUACCGGCACCUAUUUUUUUUUACACUGUACAUACAUAUAUACAUACACAUACACAGGCUUACAUUUAUUUUGCAAUAAUAAUUGAAAUAUGCCAUUCCAUCAAAAGAUAACCAAUGCAGCUUCCAGAUUUAUGUUCGCAAAACUCCGAGUGCUCACAAACAAAAGAAAUCUAAAUAAAAUUAAUUUAAAGUUAAUGUGUUGUUAACUUUUGGCAAUAGAAAUUUCCGGGUGUCGCGGUGAGUUUUUGUGAAUUGUAAAAUUAUAAUUACAUUCUUUAAAAAAAAACAACUUAAAAACGCUACAAAAAAAAAUAUAUUCAAUAUGUCCCUUACAACAUAUAACUCAAUGUGGACGGUAUCUCUGUAAUCAUAUUAGUAGUUAUAUUAGUAAAUAUGAAGGAAUAGAUACUGUUUCCAUUCAAAUGUUGUUAAUACCUUAACUCUGUGCCCUGUAUCUAUAAGCUCGUUAGUGGAACAUUAUUAUGUUAUAGAACAAAUAUAGUGUAUGCCCAUGUGAACUUUAUUCAACUUUUAAUUUCAUUUUUUUGUUCUUGAAUUAGAUCUAGUUACUAUGUAUCAGCGCGUCUAUGAUUGAGUCUUAUGUAGUCGUUUAUCUACUAAAUAACAUCUAUUCUUCAUCACGUGACUUUAUUAAUGACAACAUCGGCCGACAACAUUGAAUUGAUACAAACUGUCACAGCGUUAAGUCAAUAUAGAGACAAUGGUCACAAAAGCUGUCUCGUGGAGUCGUGUUUGUUACAUUGCAUAGUCUGUAUUAAGUGUAUUGAUUGAUACAACGAAGAUGACGUCAUUUAGACCUUUAGUGGGAGCUUGUGAAAACAGCUCAGUUGUUGUUCCUGAGGUCCAUUUGUAUUUUAUUCUUUGUUAAAAAGACCACUAAUUAAAUUUAAAAAAUUGUAAGGCACUAAGCUAGAAAUGAAGCGAGAUGUUCAGAUACUUUUGACAGUACUAACUUGUUCACUUUUAAGUCAAGUUUGCUACACAACAAUCUGUGGAAAGUUCCAGGUGACCGGGCCAUGUGCCACAGUUACAACUACUACCACCCCAGCUGACCUGGGAGCUGACAGCGACUACUGCCAGUUAGCUUGCUCCCAAGGUGCUGAUGACGUUUUCAGCUCACUUUGUGAUUGUGCCACAACCACACCUGCAACCACAAUGGCCACAACCACUCCACGUCCAGAAAGUUGUUACUAUACAAGAAACAGGCCGGCCAAACUUCAGUCUGUCAACAAGAGGAUGUACUCUGCUAAGCCAAUAGCUAAGAAUUGUGAAUAUCCAGGAGUGGUCGGUAUUUACAAUGCAACCAACUCUAAAGUACUUUGUAUGGGCAUCUUGCUGGAAGAAAACGUCAUUGCGAUCGACAGCUUUUGUUUUAAAUUGGUCAACAGUACUAAGUGUGUUGCUGCCAUUGAAAUGUACCAGAAACCUUCCGAUUUGACAACUCUUCCAACUGUCGUGGCAUCGUCAGCUCUGCUUCUAGACCCAACUAAAGCCAACAACAAAAUCUACACAAUCACUCUGAGCAAAGCUGUUGUCUUUAACGACGGUUGUGUCCAGCCGGCCUGCGUGCCCAAUGCAAACCUUCCAAUGGCUGACAUUGAUUUGAAUGAUUGCAGACUUGUUGGCUACGGCGACAUAAAUGACACUAUUGGUGCAACAAGCUCUGUACUUUUAGAAGUCAAGGUCGUUGUCAAUCCUUCAUCAGUAGCUUCCGGAAAUCUCAUUUACAGCAGAGUCGAUGGUAUUUCUUCUAGAACAGGCCCAUGUUUUAGUGACCAAGGUGCUCCAUUAAUCUGCAACCACUUAGUGACUGGCGAGUGGGUGACCAUUGGUUUGGUGACAACUAUAGGAUUCAAGUGCAGUAUCGGCAGCUUCACAUCUCCAGUUAUUGUCAGCUUACUCAAAGAGUCAACCAACAAUCAACUCUAUAAUGGACUUCAAAAGUUCAAGUACAUCCCUGAUUGACUAAUUGCGAAAGCCAAUGAUGUCAGUAAACCUCCGUGUGUAUGAAACAUUUCCAUGACAGAACAAGAAGAUACGCAGCAUUAAUAAACAAGAUGGUGCUGAGAUGUUUGUGUAAAAGAUCUACCCAUAUCUAAGUCAAAAUUAAAAAUUAUAAAUAUAGAAAUAAAUUGAGUCGUUACUAUG